AUGAGUACUAAGAGCGGAAAACGAGUCAACGUCAGGGUUGGCAAGCAAAUUGCCAUCGGGACGUAUGCGUUCCCCUUGACUCCCGUGGAGAAGAAGCGCUACGGGUCCAUGACGCACAGAUGGACCUGCUUGCUGCGCUCGCCGACCAACGAGAACAUGACCCACUACGUCAAGAAGGUCCAGUUCGACCUGGACCCAUCGUUCCUUAACCCUCGUCGGGUGUUGACAAGCAUGCCGUACGAGGUGACGGAAGUGGGUUGGGGCGAAUUCUACAUCGGUGUGAAAAUAUACUUCGUGGACGAGUCCCUCGAGCCGGUGCAGCUUCAGCAUCUCCUGGUGUUGAACCCGUCUGACAAUACCGGAUCUAACGCAACGACGGCGACGAACGAGACCUUUGACGAGAUCAUCUUCAACGAGCCCGCCGCCUGGUUCUACAAGCACCUCAUGUGCAGCACUACCGACUGCCUGCCUCCGCACAAGUACCAAGAACACUUUUGGGAUUACAGCAUGCGUGACAAGGAGACCACGUGCCGCUACAUCUGCUGCCAGUCAUACUUCCAGAAUGAGACGUACAGACUGCUGGCGGAGGCCUCAGAGCUGUCUCGCCAGAUCCAAUACCUCCAGGAGAAGGCUAACGUUAUCAAGAACCCGACCAUUCUCACUAAGACCAACCCCAACAGUACGUUCUGGGGCUCGAAGCCCACGGUAAUCGGCACAAAGAACGCGUGCUCCACCCCGACGACCACGCCGCAGGAUGCGCCGACGAAGCGCGAUGCCGUGGACAGCAACUCGCCGGAGUCCUCCAUUUUAUCGUCGUACGAUCCCAAGCUGGCGUCGCUCUCCCCCUCCGCCACGGUAGUGUCGUCCACACCGUCGAUGGCCGCAGAGGAGAAGCUGCAGCUGGAUGACAAGGAGUUGGGCGACUCCGCCGACGGAACAUGA